AUGUGCUUACCCGCGCUAUUCGACCACUUUGGAAACGAAGUAUUGCGUACGCAUAUGAAUUCGGCUGUUUCUUCGUUCAAGCCAAUACCCAAUAAUGAACGUGUUGAUUUGACGCGAUUUCUUACAAAGGAACCGCAGGAGUGGUCUAUGGAAGAUGUUAUUGCUUGGUUAUUGCAUGUUGCUAAACGGAAUGGUAUUCCAUAUGAAGAACUAGAAAUGCAGAAAUUUGCGAACUGUACUGGUUCUGUGCUGACUCAGAUGCAUGAAAUUGAUUUCAAAAGACGUGAUGCUGUCUAUGGUUCACUUUUGUACUCAGAAUUUAGGAAAUUGAUAGCUGGUUUGUUUCUUUGUUAUCAUUUAAAAGAAAUUGUUUUUUUUGGACUGAUCCAAGUAAAAAGUUGGUUUAUCUUAAAAACGGAAGUUAAAUCGCUUUGUUGCAAUUAUUGUAGUAUUUCAGUUAGGCCACUUGAACCUAUCACGUUGCAACGAACUCACUGUAAAGUGAGAAAAAAUAAAGAUGGGAGGCCAAGAAAACAUUCGCAACAUUCCAAAGGAAACAAAUUAUGGGAAUUCAUUCGUGAUGCUUUAAAGGAUCCUAGCACUUGUCCUAGUGUUGUACGGUAA